GGCCGACAGAGGCCAGGGCCUGAUUCUGGCCUCCUCCCUCCCCUCCCUCCCGCAGCUGCGCACCUGCCGGAGCCCAGGCGGGACCCCACUUCCCGGGCCGGCGUCGAUGCUGAGCGGGUCGGGGGCACUGCCCGCCUUCCCCGCACCAUGGACGGCUUCUACGACCAGCAGGUUCCCUUCAUGGGCCCCGGGAAGUCCUGCGCAGAGGAGGGCCGAGGCCGGCCGGGGUCCGAUAGGAAAAGGAAGUUUUUAGAGACCGACCUGGCCCACGACUCAGAAGAGCUCUUCCAGGAUCUCAGCCAGCUCCAAGAGGCCUGGCUAGCUGAAGCUCAGGUCCCUGAUGACGAGCAAUUUGUCCCAGAUUUCCAGUCUGACAACUGUAAGUGAUUGUUCUGGGUUUUCAUUCUCUGGAGGGGAAUUGUUUGGGUGCCUGUGCAAAACCUCGCGCAGUGUUUGGAGCUGCUUCUUUGGGAAAGCGGUUGUUGUUGGGGCUGUAACCAUGAAAUCACAGACUUUUGGGAGAAAGCAUGUGGUUUGGGUUCAUCAAGAUGAAACUUGCAAUGUCCUGUCUUUUGUAAAUGGGGAAAAUCAUAGUCAGGCACAUAGAAAUAGCUCUGACUGAUCUCUGGGCUCCUCCGAGACUCACUGCUUGUUCGUAGUAAUGUUGAUUUGCU